CCUGCCUGUCUAUUUUUACCCUGUUUUACGGUAUGUGUGUCUCCUGCAUAAACUGCCUUCUGUGCUCUGUCCACAUUUUGUUAUGCUACCUUGGCCUCUGCCUAAGAAAGAAGUCACACUUUUCUUAAUAAUAUAGGUAUAUUAGUACUGGUGUUUAUGAGUGCAGAUUUCUAGGCAUAUGUAGUUUUUCAAGCAUUUUUGCUUCUGAUGGAAAGUAAGCAUCUUGGCUCUUUUUUUAUAAAUUUUUUCUAUCAAUAUAAAGAAGGAAAGUGCCAUUUAAAUUUUUUUCUCAACUUCUGAGAAGUUUAUGUUAAAUGAAAAUCUUCAGUUUAAAGGAGCUGUGAUGCCCUCAAGUUUUUGUUCCUAUGCUGAACUAAUUACGUGACCAGCAAGCUACUCAACAUGAGAAGUUCAGAUUGGUUUGCUUUCCUCUGCAAGAUCUUCUUCUCCUGCUCACUUGCUGCUGCAAGCUGUCAGCAAGAUUCUGAAGAUCCCUGCAUUGAGCUAACAAGCACAAGUCCAGUGUCACUGGACACCACAAUUUGGUUCACAGUAAAGGUUCGCAAUUAUGAACUUGCCGCUGGAGAAGAACUCUACUUUUAUUUUGAUGAUGGUCUUUUCUUCCGUGAAAAAUUUCAGGGCAGCACCCUGGAGCACACAUUGAACAUCACAUACGACAAGUACACGUACAAGAGAUACACGGGCCAAAGAACUGCCCAGGCUAUUGUGUACAGGUCUUAUGGCUUAUGGUUCAAGCUGGACUCUGAUGAGACAGAGUUCCAUAUAACAGAUGGCAUUAAUGGAGUAAUUAACAUCCAGCAAGCAAACAUGACGAUCAGUCCGCGGGCUCUUUUCAUUGCGACGGGCAACAACACGAACCUGACAGCCGCGGUGCACGACCCACACGCCUACAUGCGCAACCACACGCUCGACGUAGAGUUCUACUGGAUGAUCAAUCAGGAAACAGUCGGGAGCUGUAUGGUGCCCUCCAUCAUCACAAACUUCACCAAGCCUGGCAAGUAUCUCAUUGAAGUUAAUGUGGUGGUAGAACUCGGCAAUCGGAUGGAACCUCUCAUCGAUCCCACAACCAGCACCACAUCUACCACAACCACCACCACCUCAACCACCACAACGCCUGCACCGAAGCUCUUCGCCGCUCGCACCGUCAAUGGGUCGCAUAACUCAAGUGAUUUACCUGCAGCAAAACUGGCCCAAAUUAAUGCAACUUCAGGCAACUUGCCUGCGAAGACGAUCACUGCAAGUCCUCCCCCACCACCCCCAGGACCCAACCCUUCCCCUUCCCCUGCACCCAACCCUCCCCCAACACCCACACCUCCCCCAACACCCACUCCUCCCCCAGGACCCACUCCUCCCCCAACCCCCACACCUGACGGGUAUCGCUGUGACGGGCUGUGGCCGGGACAUGUUUCUUUAAGGUCGCAGCGCCGCAGUUUGCCGCCACUCGCCAACUCUUCGCCGCUCGCCAACGCCACAGUGGCGGGACUUGCCGCCAACGCCACACUGGCGCUCGCCAACGCCACAGUGGCGGGACUCGCGUCUCCCGCGGCGAACAGUUCGGGUGUGAGGGCGCUGUCUCUGCCCCGCCUGCAGGGCGUCUAUGAUGAGCAGCACGAGCAGAAAUUUAUCUUUGGAACUUUCAGCAGAACAAUCAUGGCUAAAGACCCGAUCCGACGCGUGAACGUGUCGGGGAACACAUGGCUACGUCACGGCGAAAUGGUGAACCUGACGGUGUCGUGCGAUGGCUCCGGCUACUGGAACUACUGCUGGGAGUACCGCGACGGUGGCUACAACGUCACAGGUCUCGAGACCUGCGACGACCUCAUCCCUCUGGAGCAAAGCUGCCACUUCCCCAUCCGCUACUGGUUCCGCUCAGGGGACUCGUACACCUUCAUCAUCAUCAUCGACAACGGUGUGACGCAUACCGUCACCCCCAUCGCCAUCAACAUCUACAUGCCACAGCCGCCGCGCCAGCUCUUCGGGGUGCUCAUGCCUGUUGCCACGGGCUCCCUUGUGGUCGUGUUCUUCAUCAUCGCCAUCGGGGUCUAUAUUAAGACCAGGCAGAGCUACAUGGUGGAAGUCGCUGACUUCGACUUCGUCGGCAGCUCAGGAGCUGACGUGCCUGAGGAGAUAACUGCAGCGAGCUUGUGGGGACACAUCAGGUACGCGUACAAGCAGGCGCAGGAGGAGCGCGCCGCUGACGACGACCCUUACUGGCGCAGCAACAGGCGCUACAUCGAGCGCCCCACCAUCCUGGAUGAGGAAGAAUGAGCGCCGUAGGACGCGACGCUGCCACUCCUGCAGGACCUCUGAGACCUCAGGACUUGUUGCUGCUCUCCCUCCUCCCCAGCACUCCCUUCUACUCUCCAUCUCCGGCUCAGUUCUCCACUCUUCUGCUUAAAUUAUUCAUCAAUUGUUCAUUGAUCAUUAGUAUUUAUUUUCUAUGUUGCCACUUGACACGGCAGUCGCCUUGAUAUUUGUCGCGCCUUGCACGUUUCCGCGGCUGUUGUGAAGGUUAAGUAGAAAUUAGUAGGCUAAUUAGUGCUCUUUUCGGUUGUAUAUUCACUUAUACCUUCGGUUCAUAUGAUAUAAUUCUUUUAUGGCUUGGUUGUUUUUACGUAUAUGUAUAAAAAUACUAAUUUUCCAACAAAUUUACAUGCCAAUUUAUCUUGGUAUUUCUUUGGGGGCCAAAUUGUAUUUUUUAGAUCUUCAUGAGAGGCCUGGGCUCAUGAAGAGCGCAUACUCGCGGCUCUACUGUUCUGCCUCAGUCAAUACAACUGCGAUUGUAUAGAGGAGUCAUGGCUACUCUUCAUACAGACUUUUAGUAAAUGGAAUAAUGGAAUAUUGAAGUGAACUGAGACUUCACCGGCAGGCCGAGGGUCUGAGGCCUUACCUCGCGUGGGGUUCAGUCAGGGAGAUGGUCUAGUCUCGUUUGCGGUCUAGACUAUUUCUACGUCUGUACAACGCUCUGAAUGAGGUCAUAAUUAAUUAUUGUGAAACGAAAGAUAAGCGAUUAAUAUUGUUGAUAUUUUUGUUACUCAUGAAGUAAGGUUAUUAGUCCGAAGUUUGGUCAUAUUCUGUCGUCCUUAUAUACUAAAAUUUAGGUCUUGGUUACAUCAAUUUGAAAUAAUUUUUGGAUGUUAAGAAUAUUGCUACGUUAUUUUUGGCAUAAAUCUUGACAACUUUUCUACAUAAAAUUUACAGGCAAAUUUAAGUUUGUAAUGCAAUGUAAAUAAAAUGUCUGCAAGUUUAUUCAUAUGCAGCACGGCCUUGAACGACCAAUUCAUGAAUGUAUCUUCGUGCUUCUACUGUAAUGUUGUCAUGGCUACCAUGUACUUUUUCUAUAUCCUGUAAAGUAAUCAAGACAUAAUUAAUACUGUAUCUAAAGUCGUUUGAAUUAUGUAAAUCGAAAUAUAUAUAUAUAUUAUUA